AUGGAUGUAAGUUCUGUUAAUUGCUCUUCUAAGUAUGACAGGUCAAAGCGUGUCAGUAGCAUUGAGUCUCAGAAGUACGAUGAGCUAAAUGAGAAGUACAACCAGUUGCUGAAGCAGAAUUAUAAAAGGGUACAGUUAUGUGAAAACGGAGCAGAUUUAGUUUUCUGUCAGGAAUUUGCUGGAGAAAGGACUAAUGAGCUGCAAGAAAUGAGUUAUGUGAGAGCACAUACAGGCGUGCAAAACCAGGGUUUUCUGCAAAAAGAGUUCGUGCAAAACGCGGGUUUUACAGGUUCUCCAGUUUUUUCAAGAUAG